CUCCCUUUCCAUCGUACAAUAAAAUGAAUCUGAAGCACGGUCGAGCAAAGACAAUAGGCUGAGAGAAGGACAUUCGGUGUUAAAAAACCUAAUGACGAUAUUGAAGCGUAUUUUUUCAUAGUUUUCCCGCUAUCUGACUUAAAUCUGAACUUUAUGUAGAUUCUAGUUAAACUGUUAUCAUUUCAGAAAUCAGAGCAAUGACAAGCAAAGAACAGAAACCCUUUUUCGCUGGAGGUGACAUCAUUCCAGGUUCUGGAAAUUCCAGGCAACGGUUGAGCGAAGAUGACGUCACCAAUCAGGGACGCUACCUCCUCAAUAACUUCAUUUAUGAACGAAUGAAAAAUGAUGGCUUGGAAAAUAUUCCUGGAAUGGAGCAGCUGCAAGAGCCCGGGACACCCAGAGGCCCCCCCAUGGAACAUGUCCGUGAGAUUGGCAGAGCUCUCCGUUUCAUUGGUGACGAUUUGGACAAAGAUCAAACUUUGCAAGAUGCAAUCUCGAUGGUCCCCCCAGAGGCAGAGCGGGCAACACUAUUAAAUGUAGCCAGGAAUAUAUUUGAAGAUGGCGUCUUCAACUGGGGUCGUGUUGUGGCUCUUUUUUACUAUGCUUACAAAGUAUGCUCUAAGGCUUUGGACAGAAUACCCCUGGUGCGUGCCAUCAUCAAUCUGAUCGUGGACUUUAUGAGAGAGCAUGUUGUCAAGUGGAUCAUUGAGAGAGGAGGAUGGGAAGCAAUUCGAGAAUACUUUGGCACGUCAUCCAAACAGAUUGGUCUGAUCGUUGGUGCCAGUGCCGUGGCUGUCUUUGGCGUUUAUUUGUACAAGAACUGGUUUUGAUGACGGCUCCCAUUGUGUCUUUGUCUUGGUUUUAUGUUUUAUUUAUUUUUUUGUUGUUGUUUGUUAUUAGGCAGGAGGUUUGAGAGAGAGAGAGAGAGAGAGAGAGAGAGAGAGAGAAAUAAAGAGAUAUGGAGAGAGGGAUGAGGUUACAGAGGGUGUGUGUACCUGCAUGUAUGUAUGUAUGUAUGUAUGUAUGGAUGUACUUUUGUGUGUAUGUGUUGGAGAGUGAAGGAAGGAGCGUGAGAAGGGGAGAGAGAGGGAAUAAAUGUUAUUUAGAUGGAUAUGAUAGUUGACAGGAGGUAAAUACAUCUAAAGAAAUAAUAUUUACAGUUGGGAAGACGUAUUGUGAAUGAAGGGAAGUGAAUAGAGACGGUGGAUUGUGGGUGUAAAUCACAAGGAGUGAGACAUUUGGUAUUUUAUUUGUCGAAGAAAGCAAGCAACAGAAAGACUAAUACUACUGUUACACGCACUGUCAGGAAAGUUAUUGUGUUACUUGCACAUCAGUGUAAUUUAUAGUGUCACAUGCACUUUAGUGUAAUUUCCUUUGUUUGAGUUGAAAAUAAUUUUGCUCAAGGAAAAAAUGCAUGCAAGGAGUUGGACAGUUUUGUUGUAGAAUUUGUAGUAUAAUUGAGUUUUAAUGUGUGGAAAAAAAAAGGAUGGUUUUGUUUGUAUUCUUCAAGAGUGUAUUAGUUGUUUUAUUGUGAAUUUGGUUCUUGUAUGCUGGCUUCCCCCCCCCCCCCAUUAUAAUCUGUUUCAGUACAAAAUACUUAAGGUGGAUGUUAAGUCUUAACAAAGUAUCAGUCUGUGAUUGCUUUGGUGAACUGAAGGUGUCCCAAUUGGAACCUUGUCCAAUGAUAUUUCCAGCCUGUAGGUGAUAUCCUCGCAAAAUUACUGCGUUAAGAUUGUGAUGGUUUUCUUCAUGUGUUUCUGAACGAGAAAGCCCCAGCCUGGGUGUGUUGUGGCUGUUUUGGCCUUUUCCAACAGCAUUAACACAUCUCCUGUAAGAUGUGUGGUACCUUACCCUGUCUUAUCAAAGGUAUUGCUGGAGGAGACUUUCAUUUCCUUAGCCACUUGCCCUCUUGGAUGCUUCUCAUUUGUGCCAUAAGCUGACAUCUUUUUUAUUCACAGUAAUUUCGAGAUAAAGGUUUUUUUUGUCAGCGUAACCAUUUUAAAAAGGCGAUUUUCCGAACUUACAAUUCUAAUUUAUUAAAAAAACUAGUCACAGUUUCUCUGUGAUUUUUUUCACACAAGUUUGGUAACUGAUCAGGCUUUCUAUUCAGCAAAUAAGAAAAUUUACCACCAAAAAUAAAAAAAAAGUGUUUUGUCAGCUUACGGCAGAUUUAUGUGUGGCACCGAGGAAACCAGUUGGAAUGUGAUCAUAAAUUUUGAGAUUGUGACUUUUUUGCAUAUUUGAAAAGAUUAAUCUUUUUUUCAGUAUUAUGCUCUUGUUUUGAGAUUCUGUUCCAUCUGGGGCAUUCUGUGAAAAGGGAAUGAAGUUCCAAAGAAUUCUAUAUCUUCUUAUGAUAUUUCUCAGAGCCACAUGGGUUUAACUGGGUUUAACUUCUUGCUGUUAAAAAUUGAAAUUUUGGCUACAUCUAUGGGUAUGGAAUGCAACUGGGCGAUAUCUCUUCCUGAAAUAUUUUCAUCGAUAUAAUGCAAGCAGGGGAUGUGCUAAGUAAUGAAAUUCCUGGCUCAUUAGGUUCUCCUCCUCUUUUAAGAGGCCGGAUGUUGAGUUUUUGCAUAUAAUGAACAAGCACAAUGUCACCUCUAUGGGCCAGAAAUUAUGGUACAGCCGAAGAAAUGAUGCCAUUCGCUGCACUUUUAUUUGUUGUUAUUGUUAAUAUGUGCCAGUUCCCUCUAUUAAAAUCAUUUGUUUUAUGUUACUUCCAACAUUGCGUCCUUUUUAAGAGAAUUUAGCUCGUAAAUGGAGGAUAGGUGAUAAUUGUGGAUAUUUUGAUAUAUAUAUUCAUGCUCUCCAUGUUUUUGUUUUUUGUACAUGUGAAAUGAAGACUGUAGUUUGUACAGAAAAUUAUUAUGUAAGAGCGAAAUUACAGUCAGUUCAUUGGGUGAUAAAUUGUUGGAAGAAAACUAUUCUGGGUUGGGGAAAGUCUGGAUGGGGUUUGGGAGGGGGAUUGUUCAUUUUCUUUGUUUGAAAAAAUGUGGUUGGUUGGGAGUAUCUGCUUGUUGUUAUGAGUGCGUUGUUGAUUUGAAUUUCUUUUGUUUUGAUCUUGACUGAUGUCUUGAUGUGACGGCAAAAUGCCGAGUUCCUUUUAUGGGGUUUAUUGGAUAAAUUAUUUGCUACACCACUCAAUAUUCAUUUAUAUCCUGAGUUUGAACUAAGUGACUGAUUAAGCCACACAUUUUAUUGCCAGGUUUUUUUUGGUGCUCAGUUAUAGAUAGGAUUAUUGAAUAACCUUGCUGAUGCUCUAAGCAUCUAUUCAUAUCCUCACCUGCAGUGAGUGUUUAAUCAUGGCUGCUCUUUUGAAAGAAUAUUCUUACUGGAUAUUUCUGAAUUUGAGGAAGGCUGUGGCAGCGAAGGCGGUUCUUCUAAUCUUUUCACUAUUUUAGUGUUAUUUCUAUCCUUCCUUGUAUUUGUUUUAUCAUUAUUACUGCUUUAUUUUCUCCUAUGUAGUAAAAGCUAAAUGAUGGCGGUUUUACUGUGGAACAGCUUUGGUGAAAGCACCAAAAAGUGUAUAUGUGACAACUUUGUAAAAAUGUAAGCUUUGUAGUAAUUUCUAAUGCCAACAGUGAAUAAGGAAUAAGAAAGAAUACUGUAAUAACAAGAGAUUUUGAAGUGCUUUGGCAGACUGUGUCCCGAGUUAUGAUGAAAGUGACAGAAUUAUUUGUUUUCAGUGAAAAUUAGGUAGCCAGGAAUAUAUUGACGCCCUCGCAAUAAGAAGACAAGCUUACCUUUUUCUAUGUUAUUUCUAAUGUUUUUGAAGCAUUUCUAAUCAAAAUUCAAACCAGUCUUUGUCUGAACCUAUGAAAUGGAUAAUUUACUAUUAUCAAUUCAUCAAAUAAAAAUAAUUGUAAUAUUUUGUGGGUUAGCCGGUCUUAUCACAAGGGCGAUGAUAUAACAACUUUUCCCUGAACUUGACAGAUAUUUCUGAGAGUUAGACUUGGACAUAGAAUCCUGUUGUUUUUUUUGUAAUCAGAAUUUCUGCUAUGCACAGUCCACUUUGUAUAAAAGAUGUCAAUUUGUAAUCAGGGAUUAUUGUAAGAUAGAUUAUUAUCUUUGCAAGCAUAAUAAAACCAUACACUUUAGCAUGUUUAUCUGAAGGGAUUUUAGUUAUCUUACACGUUGACAGAAACUGUUCAUAUAUAUAUAUAUGUAUGUAUGGAGCAGUUGUUUGACAAAAACGCUAAAACUGUUUCUUUUUUUUUAGCAUAUAAACGUUUAUGUGAGAAUACUUGAAGGAAGAAUAGAUGUGCUGCACCGACUGACAAAAGCACUGAGUCUGUUACUAUUUUUAGUGGAGGAAUAAUAAAGUGUAUCACAUCUUA